AUGCACGUCGACGCGGUCUUGCGGCAGCUCUCGGUCGCCGAGGUGCAGAAGCUCCUCGAUGCGACCCGCCGGGAGAAGGAGGCCAAGGAGAAGGAGAUGCAGGCCAUGGGCGGCUCCCGCUACCACGACCUCAUCGAAUCCGCCGACCAGAUCGUGAGCAUGCACGAGGCCUCGAUGCACCUCGAGCACGCCCUCGGCGACAUGCCAAGACUCUGGAAGCAGCUCGAGACCUGCGUGGAUGCGAUCGUCGAGCGCCAGCCAACCGAAGCCUCGGCGCCGAUAUCGGUGGGCGAGGACCCGCUCGAAGAAGAUGAUGUCCACGUCAUCGUCGCGGCCUCGGAGCGCAUGUGGGCGGCGAUGGAGCGCGGACGGCCUCUCGAAGCGUAUGCGACGUACCAUCAAGUUCAAGCCGCACAUGAACGACUCUCACCCGAAAUGCUGCAUGACAAAGCCUUUCUCGCCCUCGAUCUGCAAGCCAUGCACGACUUUCCCAAGCGGAUCGAGGAAUGCGCCCACGCAUGUCUGGCCGUGCCCAAGCAGCGCGUGAGCUUCUAUGCAGACGCGUUGCGCACGCUCGAGCAGAUGGCGCCACAGCAGAGUCGUCUCGCGCUCCUAACGACCUUCCUCUCUGGCCGAACCAAGGCGGUGGAGGCGACAGUGGCCCGCGAGUCGUCCCCGCAGUCGAUCGUGCUGCGGCUCUUGCACAUUGUCCUCUCGUCGCUCUCGCACGUUGACGCACUCUUUCUGGACUCGACGUCGACCGUGCGCUUGCUGCCCGCCGACGAUGGCAGCACCGAGAAGGCGCUGGCAACCGCUGCGUCAAGCUGGCUACGCUCGGCCAUCGAAACGCUGCGCCAUCACAUUCUCGCUUUGCUCGAGAUGAGCCGCGACGUGACGACACUGGGCAACAUCCAGUCUCGACUCCAGCGCUGCGUCGACAAGUACACUGUGCCGUUGCCGCUGCUUCGUGACGCCAUGGCCGUCACAAAGACGAACGAGGAUGACGAGUCGUCCGUGUGGACCCUUUUGGCGGACGAUCUCUUCGUCCGAAAGACGCAGGCGCUCUUCCAGGGCGCGCUGGACGACGCAGGAAGCACGUUUCGCCACACACUGCUGCAUGUGCCGAGCGAAGCGAGCGUGCAAGCGUUUGUCGACGCGCUCUCAGCCAUGCUUGCGCAAGCAGACGGGUCAUUGCACGCCGUGCUGCAUGAAGGCAUGUUGCGCCUGCUCUUUGACCUCGUGGGGUUUCUAGAGACACGCGUGGCCGCCUCGAUUGCGAUCGUUGAGCUGUGCUUGACACUGCAGAUGUCGCUGCAGGCGUUGUUUGCAUCGGUGUCGUCGUCACCAUCGUCGUCACUGGCCUCGUUGUCGGAGGCGUCGAUCCGCGCUGCGGUGGCACCGCACGCCACCGAUGGAAACGUGCCCGCUGCGAGCUUGGCCAGUAUCUUUUCGACGCUCGCGCUGGACCAGCAUCCACCCUCGCCGCUUCUCAGUGCGCUUCUACCACCCGACUAUGGCGCCACGUUGACCCAAGUUGUCUUUCUCUGCCAUGUACAGCAGCGCCAUGGUCCGUCAACGCUCGUGACUGCUGUGUUUGAGGUGCUGGCCAACGAAGUGGGCUCCGUGUGGGCCCACCGGGCGGUUGCCGACGCCACACAACCCGUCGUCGCCGCGCUUCGGGAUCAGUUUUACGGCUAUUCGAACGAGGACUGGCGACGCGUUCACCAGCCGUUCUGGGUAUCUGUGGCCGUGCCCACCGACGACGACGACGACGACGAGACCGCGGGAGGUCUUGGACACGUGUGGCUGCCGUGGUCGGAGACGCCAGCGAUUGCGCAUGCACUGUUUACACUGCAAGCCUCCAUGCCCCGGUGCACGCAACCGGCGGUUGACACGAUCCUCAAGGCGCAGCUCCGGUCGCACGUGCUCGGGUGGACGUUUGACGUGCUGGCGUCGCGCGUCGCGUCGCUCGCGGCGGCCAAACCGCCAAAGCCGCCGCUCGACUUUGGCCAAGCGGUCGCGCUUCAGAGCAUCUUUGAUGUUUACUUUGUGCGGCUCUGCAUCGGCGACGCGGACUUCGCACGCUUUGGGUGGGGCGACGCGAUCGCGCACGCCGGGCUCCAAGCGCUCGUGACCGACCUCGUCCACGACUGGAUCGACCCCGUCGACUGGGAGCUCUACGGCCCACCCCUCGUCGAGAACGUCGUCGCACAGUUCCAGACAUCGCGACUGCUGCUCUCGGGGCUCGCGACGUCGUCGGUCGUCUCGGGCGCCAAGGUGCUUCCGCGGGAAUCACCGCUGUUGGAUAUGGCGCCGCCAGCGCCUCGCUUUGCGCUCUUGCCAGUGCCAUCCCUGAAACCGGCACCGCGCCUGCCGACACCUGUUCACGUGCGACCGCCAUCGCCCAAGGUACCCCAGCAACGGUCGUCGAUCCAGUCGCUCCUCUCCACCUCGGGCUCGUCGCUGCUCGGGUCGGCGGCCGCGGCCAAAGGCAUUUCGCUCCUCUCGACAUACCUCCAACCGACCAAAGAGUAGUACGAAUCAUC